ACACGCACACGCCGAGCAGCCUCCCGGCAGGGCUCCCAACCCAGCCCCGCCCCGCCGCCUGCUUCCCGCAAGCCUCCUCCUCUCUCCCCACGCUCGAGCCCGGGACCCUGCCCGCCGACCCCCACCCCCACCCGGCAUGGAGCCGAGCGAGCCCGCCCGCAGCCCCCCGCGGCCGGGGUGAAGGCCCCCGCCCCUCUCCCGCUUGGCUCCCCGCCGCCGCGAGCACCAUGGGCCCGAGGGGCUCCCGAGGCAGCGGCCGAUGAAGAUGCCCGAUGCUGGAGCUCUCUUGAGUCAUGGCUUCUUCAAAGCUUCGAGAACCCGUGGAUGAGGUUUUUGACUUGGACUUGGCCGUGCCAGAGACCGUCAGGCUGGACAGCAGUUUACACAAGGCCCGGGCCCAGCUGCUGGCCAAGGGCCGGAGACACCGGCCUUCCCGCUCGAGGCUUCGGGACAGCGCCAGCUCUGCUGAGGAUGGUGAAGGCUCCGACGGGCCUGGAGGCAAGGUGACCGAUGGCUGCGGGAGCCCCCUGCACCGGCUGCGCUCGCCCUUGCACUCGGGCCCAGGGUCCCCCGGCAGCGGUUCGUUCUGCCUGGAGCCUCCGGGCCUGCGGCGCAGCCUGGACGAGGACGAGCCGCCACCUUCACCGCUCACACGUUACCGGCCACUGCACAACGCCGCCUCGCACGAGGGCCUGGCCGCCUCCUGCUCGCCGCCUCGCUCGGCGCCUUCCUCGGACAGCUCACCCAGCUUCGUGCGCCGCCACCCGCGCGCAGAGCCACACAGCGAAGAUGACAGCCGGGAUGCCAGCCCACCUGAACCUGCCAGCCCCACCAUUGGCCUGGACAAGAAGACCCGCCGAAAAUUCUUGGACCUGGGGGUCACCCUACGCCGAGCAUCCACUGGCAAGAGUCGGAAGGAGAAGGGCAGCAAUCGCUUGUCCAUGGGCAGCAGGGAAUCAGUGGAGGGGUCUGGCAGAUCUGGGGGCUCCCCAUUCCUGCCCUUCUCCUGGUUCACAGACAGUGGCAAGGGCUCAGCGUCCUCUGGCAGCACUACUUCCCCCACGUGCUCCCCCAAACAUGAGGGUUUCAGCCCUAAGAAGUCAGCUUCUCAGGAAUCCACCCUGAGUGAUGACUCCACCCCACCCAGCAGCAGCCCUAAGACGUCGAGCGGCCCCCGGCAAGAGGCCAAGUGCUCCUACCCCUAUCACACGCUGUCCCAGUCUUCAGAUGAGUUCCUGGAUGAACCCCUCCCCACUGUCCAUCACUGGACCAGUCAGCAGGUGGGCCAGUGGCUGCACAGCCUCAACCUCGAGCAGUAUGCCGCCGAGUUUGCGGCCCGUCAGGUGGAUGGGCCACAGCUUCUGCAGCUGGAUGGGAGCAAACUGAAGAGCCUGGGGCUCAGCAACGCGCAUGACCGGGCACUAGUGAAGCGGAAGCUGAAGGAGCUGGCAGCGGCUGCCGAGAAGGAGCGCAAAGCUCAGGAGAAAGCAGCGAGGCAGCGCGAGAAGCUCCGGCGCAGAGAGCAGGAGGCCAAGAGGAGCUAGAGGCAGUGGGGGCAGCUGCUGGCACCCAGGCACCACUUGGCAGGCACAGCCUCACCAGGGAAGCUGGACCUGGGCACCAAGCUUGGGAUGACCUGGCUCCAUGCUUAAGGGGGCACACAUCCUCUCCCACCCUGUCUGGAUCUGGACCCCCAGCAAAGGGAGACCCCAGG